AUGGCACCAGCCGCAGUACAGCUGCCUGAGCAAGAGGUAGCUCGAGAAGCGCGCGCUGCACUUGCUACAUUGACAGCGCCGUACGACGACACCCUUCGGUUCUACUUGAACGGAACCAAGGUUACAUUGGACUCGGUAGAUCCGGAGGCAACACUCUUGGAGUAUCUUCGAGGCAUCGGUUUGACGGGAACAAAACUGGGAUGUGCUGAAGGGGGGUGUGGCGCUUGCACUGUGGUCGUUUCGUACUUGAAUCCGACAACAAAAAAGAUAUACCACGCGUCUGUGAAUGCUUGUCUUGCACCGCUAGUCAGUGUGGAUGGCAAGCAUGUCAUUACUGUCGAGGGCAUUGGCGACGUCAAGAAUCCUCACCCAGUCCAACAGAGAAUAGCCGUCGGAAAUGGGAGUCAAUGCGGCUUUUGUACACCUGGAAUUGUUAUGAGCUUGUAUGCUCUGCUUCGCAAUAAUCCUAGCCCUUCGGAGAACGACGUGGAAGAAGCGUUUGACGGGAACCUCUGCCGAUGCACCGGAUACCGUUCAAUUUUAGAUGCAGCGCAGUCCUUCUCCAAUCCAAAUUGCUGCCAAUUACGCAGAAGUGGAGGCUGCUGUAUGGACAAUGGCUCCAGUAAUUGCCAAAGUGAUGGAGGAAGGGGCAACAUUGACUCUGCAUUGAACAAGUCAUUUACUUCGCCCGAAUUCAUCCCUUAUUCUCCAGACACACAAUUAAUCUUUCCACCUGCGCUCCACAAACAUAAAUUUCGCCCUUUGGCAUUUGGAAAUAAGAGAAAACGUUGGUACCGGCCUGUGUCUUUACAACAACUUCUCGAGAUCAAGGAUAUAUGCCCCGAUGCCAAAAUCAUCGGAGGAAGUACCGAGACCCAAAUCGAAAUUAAAUUCAAGGCUAUGGAAUACUCUGAUUCAGUGUACGUGGGAGAUAUAACGGAACUAAGGCAGUAUUCUCUCACAAACGGCUAUCUCGAAUUAGGAGGGAACGUUUCCCUGACUGAUCUCGAGGAUAUCUGCGAUGAAGCGGUUAAGCGCUUUGGACCCGUCAAGGGACAGCCAUUCGUUGCUAUUAAGAAGCAGAUUCACUAUUUUGCCGGGCGGCAGAUACGAAAUGUCGCUUCCCCUGCGGGAAACAUUGCCACUGCUUCUCCUAUCUCAGAUCUAAACCCUGUCUUUGUAGCCACAGGAACUACCUUGAUGGCACAAUCUCUGAAUAACCAACGUGACAUACCCAUGGUUUACGGCGGUAUGGCGCCGCUGACUAUGCCAGCACGCAAAGCUGAAGCGUUUUUGAUCGGCAAAAAGUGGAAUGAUCCCGCUACUCUUGAAGGUGCGAUGGAUUCCCUAGAAAAGGAUUUCAAUCUCCCAUCCUCUGUCCUGGGAGGGAUGCCAACAUAUCGAAAAACGCUUGCUUUUGGAUUCUUUUAUAGAUUCUACCAUGAUGUUUGCUUGGACCUUCAAAAUGAGGAGGCGUUGGGCGAUGUGGAUGCUGUUCCCGAAAUCGAGAGAGUAAUCUCUACGGGUCAGAAGGACCAUGAUGCUGCAAUUGCCUAUCAACAGAACAUUUUGGGAAAAGAGACUCCUCACAUCUCAGCCUUGAAGCAUACCACCGGAACGGCCCAGUACACAGACGAUAUCCCAACACAGAAGAACGAGUUGUUUGGCUGUCUUGUUCUCUCAAGAAAGGCACACGCGAAGAUUUUGUCUGUUGAUUUUGGCCCAGCGUUGGAUAUACCUGGAGUAGUGGACUUUGUGGACCACCGAGAUUUGCCUAACCCAGAAGCCAACUGGUGGGGACAGCCGCGAUCAGAUGAGGUUUUCUUUGCUGUCAACGAAGUACUUACUGCAGGGCAACCGAUUGGAAUGGUCCUUGCAACUUCCCCACGACGGGCGGAGGAGGGUUCCAGGGCAGUAAAGGUUGAAUAUGAAGAACUGCCCCCGAUUUUGAGCAUUGAGCAAGCCAUUGAAAUGAAAUCAUUCUAUGAUCAUCACAAACCAUACAUAAAGAAAGGAGACACUGAAGCCGCUUUUGCAAGAGCUGAUAAAGUGUUCAGUGGUGUAUCCAGGAUGGGAGGUCAAGAACAUUUUUAUCUGGAAACCCAAGCUUGUGUGGCUAUUCCGAAGCCUGAAGAUGGAGAAAUGGAGAUUUGGAGCAGUACUCAAAACCCUACAGAAACCCAGGCAUAUGUCGCCAAAGUCACGGGUGUAGCAGCUAAUAAGAUUGUGUCCCGAGUCAAACGACUUGGCGGAGGGUUUGGCGGCAAAGAGUCGAGGUCAGUUCAGCUGGCUUGUAUUUGCGCGGUAGCUGCAAAGAAAAUGGCAAGGCCUGUUCGCUGCAUGCUUAAUCGGGACGAAGACAUGGUUACGAGCGGGCAACGUCACCCUUUCCUGUGUUACUGGAAGGUUGGCGUGACGCGGGAAGGGAGGCUACUGGCCCUAGAUGCCGAUGUCUAUGCCAACGCCGGUUAUUCCCAGGACCUUUCUGCCGCUGUGGUCGAUAGAGCCUUGUCGCAUAUAGACGGGGUCUAUAAUAUUUCGAAUGUUUAUGUUCGAGGCCAUCUAUGUCGCACCAACACAAUGUCCAACACGGCUUUCAGAGGCUUCGGUGGUCCCCAGGGCCUGUUCUUUGCUGAGUGCUUCGUAUCAGAGAUCGCCGAUCAUUUGGAUAUUCCGGUAGAGCAAAUUCGGGAAAUUAACAUGUACCAGCCGAACGAAACGACGCAUUUUAACCAAGAAUUGAAAGACUGGCAUGUUCCUUUGAUGUACCAGCAGGUUCUCCAGGAGUCAGACUACGCCUCGAGACGCGAAGCGAUUGCAGAAUAUAACAGGUCCCAUAAAUGGUCUAAGAGGGGCCUGGCCAUCAUUCCAACAAAGUUUGGUAUCUCAUUCACAGCAACGUUUCUAAAUCAAGCUGGAGCAUUAGUGCACCUCUAUCGAGAUGGCAGUGUUUUAGUUGCACAUGGUGGAACGGAAAUGGGGCAGGGGCUCCAUACUAAGCUUGUGAUGAUAGCAGCAGAGGCACUCAAAAUCCCCCAGUCGGAUGUCCAUAUAUCCGAGACAGCAACAAACACUGUAGCGAAUACUUCACCUACAGCAGCUUCGGCAAGUUCAGACCUGAAUGGUUAUGCCGUUUUUAAUGCCUGCCAGCAACUCAAUGACCGCCUCCAGCCUUACAGAGAAAAAAUGCCUAACGCAUCAAUGAAAGAACUGGUGGAUGCGGCAUAUCACGACCGUGUCAAUCUAUCUGCGAAUGGAUUUUACAAAACUCCAGAUAUUGGGUAUAAAUGGGGCGAGAAUACGGGACAGAUGUUCUAUUACUUCACCCAGGGAGUAACAGCUGCAGAGGUUCAAAUUGACACUCUAACUGGUGACUGGACUCCUCUUCGAGCCGACAUCAAAAUGGAUGUCGGACGGAGUAUCAAUCCAGCAAUUGACUAUGGGCAAAUCGAAGGCGCUUUCAUCCAGGGCCAGGGACUUUUCACGACGGAGGAGAGCCUUUGGCAUCGUGCGUCGGGUCAGCUCUUCACUCGGGGUCCCGGUACGUAUAAAAUCCCGGGAUUUCGAGAUAUACCACAGAUUUUCAAUGUGAGCUUGUUGAAGGAUGUGGAAUGGGAGAAUCUGCGCACCAUCCAACGCUCUCGGGGCGUUGGGGAGCCGCCUCUGUUCAUGGGAAGUGCGGUGUUUUUUGCGAUUCGGGAUGCGCUCAAGGCGGCCAGGAAACAGUGGGGUGUGGAUGGUGUUUUGAGCUUGCAGAGUCCGGCCACACCGGAAAGAAUACGGACCAGUUGUUGUGAUCCGCUGGUGGAGAGAGGGAGAGUGAAGAACGAGGGCGAUGGCUUUUUCAUUGCUAUCUAA